UGAGCGACUCCAAACCCAUUCCUCCUCCCCAUCUCCCUCCUCGCCGCCCGGAGAGAUCGCCGCCGGCAACCGCCCGCCGCCCUCCGGUGGAGCUCCGAGCGUCGCCGCCAUGUCGAGGACGGGAGCCUUGGAUCUUGCAUCUGGCGUCGGGGGGAAGAUCACCAAGGAUGAGGUCAAGUCAGCCGUGGAUGAGUAUGAGAAAUACCAUGGAUACUACGGAGGAAAAGAAGAAGCAAGAAAGUCCAACUACACUGACAUGGUUAAUAAAUACUAUGAUCUUGCCACCAGCUUCUAUGAAUAUGGUUGGGGUGAAUCCUUCCACUUUGCUCACAGAUGGAAGGGAGAAUCCCUUCGUGAAAGCAUCAAGCGACACGAGCACUUUCUUGCCCUUCAGCUUGGAUUGAAACCAGGAAUGAAGGUAUUGGAUGUCGGUUGUGGAAUAGGCGGACCGCUAAGAGAAAUUGCCAAAUUUAGCUUGACUUCAGUUACUGGAUUGAACAACAAUGAGUAUCAGAUAACUAGGGGAAAGGAGCUCAAUCGGAUAGCUGGAGUUAGUGAAACUUGUGAUUUUGUGAAGGCAGACUUCAUGAAGAUGCCGUUUUCUGACAACACUUUUGACGCUGUCUAUGCCAUUGAGGCAACAUGCCAUGCGCCUGAUCCGGUUGGCUGCUAUAAGGAGAUCUAUCGUGUAUUGAAGCCUGGCCAGUGUUUUGCUGUCUAUGAGUGGUGUAUUACUGACCACUAUGAUCCAAACAAUGCAACACACAAGAGGAUUAAGGAUGAGAUUGAGCUUGGCAAUGGCCUGCCAGAUAUCCGGAGCACUCAGCAAUGUCUUCAAGCUGCAAAAGAUGCUGGGUUUGAGGUUAUUUGGGACAAGGACCUCGCGGAAGAUUCCCCGGUUCCUUGGUACUUGCCCUUGGAUCCAAGCCGGUUUUCCUUGAGUAGCUUCCGUUUAACUACUGUGGGGCGUACGAUUACUCGCACAAUGGUGAAAGCAUUGGAAUACGUUGGCCUUGCCCCACAAGGAAGUGAAAGGGUAUCCAACUUCUUGGAGAAGGCCGCUGAGGGUCUUGUGGAAGGUGGCAAGAAGGAAAUAUUUACGCCGAUGUACUUCUUUUUGGUUCGCAAGCCUAUUUCGGAGUGAACUCCCAGGAGCACAUUUUCAGAUCUGCAGGGAGAUAAGGCAAGUCGUCUGAAAGAAACAGGAUGGAGGUCAGGAAACAGCUGAUGAAGCUCAGAAACAUAAAAGUAGUUCUGAAGAUGAUGAAAUGUGUUAACUAGUGAAUAUUUCGUUCUGUUAGUUUGCCGUGUAAACCGUUUUGAUCCAGGCAUUCGUCUGCAGGGUGCCUGUUCUAGUCUUGAGAUGAUCUGACUGGUUUAUGCCUUUGCUUGUUUCUAAGCUGUGUUUGUGACAGAAAAUAAGUUGUUUGCAGUUCUUUCGCCAGUUUGUAAUGUAGCUUUGCAAUAAGGCUGCUGUUUGAUAGGUUACUUCUCAUCUUGUUAUUAGACAGAUAAGAUACAAAUGGUGUGGCUGUUUAAGCAUUCAACGGCAUAAUUUAAUUUUGAAG